UUAAGAUACCCAGGUUUCGAUCACUCAAAAUUUCUUGGCCAGCAAAAGACCACCUUGCACCUACCAUAACAAUAGAAAAAAAGAACGGAAAAUAAUUAAAGACCUUCAUUAGUUUCUAGUGAAAGGCAGGAACAAUAUUAUUGAAUAAUUAACAAAUUUGGAGAAAAAAAAAUGAGAAUCUUGAUGAAAAGGAAGAUUAUAAUCGAGGAAGCAACUCUAUUAAUUUUGUUGCUUAUGUUACGUCACAUUGCGCAAACCUACUCAGCCGAAAUCAACAUCAUUUCAGAUUCACAGUUCUUGGGAGAAGAAGAUAAAUUGGUGUCGCCAGGCAGAACGUUUGAGCUUGGAUUUUUCAGACCAAAUGGCACGGAGAAUAAAUACUUGGGUAUUUGGUAUACGAAAGUCUCUGUUCAAACUGUGGUUUGGGUUGCCAACAGAGACCGCCCACUCACUGUUGGAUCAUUAGGUGUGGUAAAGAUAGUCAAUCCAGGUAAUCUUGUCAUCAUGAAUAAUAAUACUGAUCAUAUAAUGUGGUCAUCAAACACAUAUUCAUAUGGGAACACAGUUGCAAAGCUUCUCGACAGCGGAAAUCUAGUUUUGACAAAUGGAAACAACAACAAGAUUAUUUGGAUGAGUUUUGACUAUCCAACUGAUACUUUUCUACCUGGCAUGACUUUUGGUGGUACUUUUCUACCUGGCUUGACGUUUGGGAAAAAUUUCUUGACGGGAAAGGAAUGGUAUCUAACUUCAUGGAAGAAUAGCAAAGAUCCGGCUCCAGGUGAGUUCACGUGGAGUACCGACACACGUGGAUAUCCUCAACACGUAUUAAAACUAGGUGAGGUGGUCAAGUACGUGGGAGGCCCAUGGAACGGUGAAUGGUUUAGUGGGUCGAGAUAUAAACAAAAUACAAUCUUUACAUACAAUAUGGUUAUAAAUAAAACAGAAGUGGCUUUUACUUAUAAUCUAGUAAACAAUUCUGUCCUAUUGAGGUCAACCCUGAAUUCUUCUGGCAAGUUUGAAUGUUCCGUGUGGGUAGAAGAGCUUAAAACAUGGCAGCUUAUUUUUGCGUUGCCAAAAGAUAUAUGUGAUACAUACAACAUUUGCGGGGCUUAUGGACGUUGCAUUGUAAUGAGCUUACAAACUUGUUUGUGCUUCGAUGAAAAAAAGUUUAUUCCAAGAGACCCAAAAAAUUGGGAGACAACAGAGUGGCAAGGUGGUUGUGUUAGGCGAACACCAUUGGAUUGCAAAACUGAUGGGUUUAGAAGGUAUUCAAAUGUGAAACUACCUAACACACAAACUUCCUGGUUUAAUAUGAGCAUGUCCCUAAAGGAAUGUGAAGCAAUGUGCUUAAAAAACUGUACAUGCAUGGCUUAUGCAAAUACCGAUAUCAGAGGAAAAGGAACCGGUUGUUUGCUUUGGUUUAAUGACCUCAUAGACAUCAAAUUAGUACCAGAGGGCAUGGGUGGUCAAUAUAUCUUUAUAAGAAUGGCUUCCUCUGACUUAGAUAAAGGAGGAUUAAACAUCAAAAUCAUCCUAAUUGUAGUGUUAUUGGCCAUCUUAGUAUUAAGCUUAAGCUCCGGAUGGUUCUGCUACACAUGGAGAAAAAAAGAUAACUUAGAACCAAAAGGGGAAUCAUUGCAAGUCCAUGAAAGCAAGAGAGAAACUAUGGAGUUACCGCUGUUUAGUUUCUCUACAAUAGAAAAAGCGACAGCUAGUUUUUCACUGUAUAAUAAACUUGGACAGGGUGGAUUUGGACCAGUUUAUAAGGGUAUCUUAGAAGGCGGGGAAAUUGCAGUCAAGCGUCUCUCCAGCACAUCCAGUCAAGGACUAGACGAGUUCAAGAACGAAGUAAUCUGCAUUUCCAAACUUCAACACCGUAAUCUUGUAAAGCUCCUUGGAUGUAGCAUAGAGGGAGAAGAGAAACUCUUGGUCUAUGAGUACAUGCCUAACAGGAGCUUAGACUUGUUUAUAUUCGCAGAUAAAACACGAAGCACACUACUUGAUUGGACAACACGUUUCCACAUCAUUGAAGGAAUUGCACGAGGACUUGUCUAUCUACAUCAAGAUUCACGAUUAAGAAUCAUUCAUAGAGAUCUUAAAGCUAGCAACAUUCUACUAGACCUUGACAUGAACCCCAAGAUUUCAGACUUUGGUAUAGCUAGAAGUUUUGGAGGAAAUGAGAAUGAAGCAAACACAGAGAAAGUUGUUGGUACAUACGGCUACAUGUCCCCAGAGUACGCAUUGGAUGGUGUUUUCUCAACGAAAUCGGACGUUUUUAGUUUUGGUGUUUUGGUGCUGGAGACCAUAAGUGGGAAGAGAAAUAGGGGAUUCAUUCAUUCAAGUCAUAGCAAUAACCUUAUUGGACAUGCAUGGACAAUGUACAAUGAGGGCAGGUCAUUGGAACUAGUGGAUACAAAUUUGGAGGAAACAAUCAAUCCAUCUGAAGUCUUAAGAUCAAUUGAAGUGGGAUUGUUAUGUGUUCAACAAAGUCCAAAUGAUAGGCCAAAUAUGUCAUCUGUGGUUCGAAUGUUGGGCAAUGAGCUGGGUGCAAUACAAAAACCUAAACAACCAGCAUUUUUCACAGAAAGGAACAUACUUGGUGCUGAUAGUUCAUCAAGCACUAAUGCAACUAGUUCAACCAGUUAUAUAACUGUUACAGAGGUAGUUGGUCGAUAGAAUGCACAUAUGUAAAUGUAAUUAACCCCAAUAUUGGGUAAUGAUUAUGAAUUUGUUCACAUCAUUAUUUUUAGGUGCAUGUUUUUCAUAGUAGCUAGUCAUACUACAUGAGAUUACCCACCUUAAAAGUAUAUAUGCAUAUCAUCAUUAUUGUAA